AUGGCGAGGGGACAGCUAUCGGGGGGCGCCUGGGGGGCCCUGGUGCUGCUGGGGCUGAUGCUGCCGGCCGCCCCGGCGGGCGCCUGGUACAAGCACGUCGCCAGCCCCCGGUACCACACGGUGGGUCGCGCCUCGGGGCUGCUGAUGGGGGUCCGCCGCUCUCCCUACCUCUGGCGGCGGGAGUUGCCGGCCGAGCCCCCCCGGCACCCCGGGAGCCCCGCCGGGGACAGUCCCCCGGCCCCGGGCCGCCCCGCCGGGGAGAGCCCCCCGGCCGCCGCCCCGGCCCCGCCGCCGCCCGGCCCCGGGCGCCUCCUGCAGCGCCUGCUCCGGCGGGGCUGGGGCUGGGGCGGCCCCCGCCCGGCCCCCGCCCGGCCCCCGCCCGGGCCCCGCCAGCCUCAGCUCUUCCCUCUCGAAGACCUGGCUCUGAGCCGCUGA